AACGCGCUAGGGUUUCUGUGUUUCCUUUAUAGCUAAAAGAACCUAUAAAAUGCAAAGGCAGUUAGCCUCUUCUUCCUUUCAUUUUAGAUUUUUAGGGUUUCUUUCCGCUGCACAUCGACUAAAGGCGCCGUCGCCAUGGGGAGGAGACCUGCAAGGUGUUACCGCCAGAUCAAGAAUAAGCCAUACCCAAAAUCACGCUACUGCCGUGGUGUGCCUGACUCGAAGAUCAGGAUUUAUGAUGUUGGUAUGAAGAGGAAAGGAGUGGAUGAGUUCCCCUUCUGUGUUCAUUUGGUGUCAUGGGAGAAGGAGAAUGUCUCCAGUGAAGCUCUUGAGGCUGCACGAAUUGCUUGCAACAAAUAUAUGGCCAAAUUUGCUGGAAAAGAUGCUUUCCAUUUGAGAGUCAGGGUGCAUCCUUUCCAUGUUUUGCGUAUCAACAAGAUGCUGUCAUGUGCUGGAGCUGAUAGGCUCCAAACUGGUAUGAGGGGUGCUUUCGGUAAACCUCAGGGUACUUGUGCUAGAGUGGCCAUAGGCCAGGUGCUUCUAUCUGUUCGUUGCAAGGAUAACAACAGCCAUCACGCUCAGGAGGCUCUCCGCCGUGCAAAGUUUAAGUUUCCUGGUCGCCAAAAGAUCAUUGUCAGCAGGAAGUGGGGUUUUACCAAGUUCAACCGUAAUGAUUACGUGAAGCUGAAGUCAGAGAACCGCAUUAUGCCAGAUGGUGUCAAUGCCAAGCUUCUUGGAUGCCAUGGACCCUUGGCCAACCGUCAACCUGGAAGAGCAUUUUUGGAUGCUUCUGAUUAGAAAGAUCUGCUGAAGAACAUCUAUGCUCGAUAAGCUUUGUACAUGUCUUUGAGACGGACUUCUAGCUUCAUUAAGGAUAUGAUAUGGAUCUUCUAGGAUUUUUAUGGUUCAAAAUUGAUGCCUCACCCGACUUCAGUUUUUUCAUUUUUACCUAGUUGAUAUUUGUUGUGUCCUAUAUUGCUAGUAUUUUAAACUGGGAGUUUUGAACUAUUGAAUCACUCUGCUAUAUCCUUCUGAGA